GACAACCCAAGGCGUGAAUCCCACAUCAGCCAAGCUGAUACAUUAACUGUCUGCCUGCUAUAGUUCCAGCACUUUCUGUCCUUAUUGCGAACAACACCUGAAGCAACGAUGGAUAAGGCACGUAAAGAAAAUGAACUACCUGAACUUUUCCAAAUUUUGGAAAGAAAUAGUCUCACUGUCCAGAAGGUGCACAAAAAUCUUAGAGAAAUGAAUAAGUGGCAACGUUACAUGCGCUGUGAUGGAACCCCUGAUCCAACAAUACCUCAGGAAAUUAAUACUUUCAUAAACCUUUCUAAAGAAAAUCCAAAUGUAGACAUAAAGUCUUUGUUUGAAGGGGGUAGAACAAUAUUACAGCUUUUAGAUGAGUUGGAAAUGCUAUUAAGUGACACUCCACCUGAUGAGUUGCCUGAGGCGACUGCGGACCAGUAUCAACAGACCAUCUGGGAUCUUCAGGAACUUCUCUCCAACAUAAAUGAUAAAGCAACUGAUAUCCUCCUGCAGAAAGCUGUUGAUCUCGUUGACAUUGAGACUGGAAACAUGCAAGAAGUAGUUACCGAUGAGAACAUCACUCUCUGUUUGUGGGCAAACUUCAACAAAAAUCCCAGGUUCAAAGGCUAUGCAUUUGUCAAUCACAAUGUGGAAUUUGAACUCCCUAAACCCUUGGCUAUGAGUGACAUAGCUGUGCGGAUCUUACAUACCCAUUAUGAUCACAUAUCUUGCCGCAGCCCUACUUUUUAUGCUCAUCAGAGAGUCUUUAAAAUGAAGCCCGUUGCAGUUGAAAUUAAGGAAGAUAUAGAUGAGGAUUUGGAGGUGCCAGCAGGGGUUGAGCAACAAAAAAUCAUGGAAGACCAGAAAGCACCUGAAGAACAAAAAGCUUUUGAAGAACAAAAGGCUCUUGAAGAGCAACAUGUUCUUGAAGCCAAGCAGUCAACUGAUGAAGAAGCAAAGCCUGUUCGACUAACAAGAACAAAGAGUGCAAUAAGCACCAGUUCCAAAGAAGAAGCAGAAAUGAGAAGCGGAGCAUCAAGCAGGGAGGGAAUUGGCGAAGAUAUAGAGAGGAAGGUACUGAGUGUAGAGCCCAUUAAAGAUAUUCCAUCAAAUGAGAGAAUAGAAAUGAAUGUUGUUGACUAUAAUCAGUACACACCACUGGGCGGAAUUUAUUAUUUUGAUGUGCUGAAGUUGCCGCCUCAGCCCAAGUUCGUUAAAGGAUGGAGAAUCGUCCAGCUAACAGAUAUAGGAUUGCAAACCUGUCCCUAUCCACCAGAGUCAACCAAGGAAGACAGUCCCACACCAGAUGAAAAGGAAGGUGAAAACCCUCCUGCACCGCCUGCAGGAAUCACCAUCAAACUCCCUCCAAAAGCACUAUUCUUUGAACAACCCAAGCCUGCUCGAUGGGAUCCAGAAGGUAAACAAUGGAGGACAGAUGGCAUUCACAGUAUCACGUUUGACCCAGAGGAACAGAUGUUGUCCUUUAAGAUGGACACUUUCAAUAUUUUCACCCUGAUUCAGAGAUACCAUGUCAAUAUGCCUUUCCAGUUUUGGGAAAUCAAACCUGUGGCUGAAAAUGAAGCUAUUUUAACUGUUGUUGCUGCUUUCACCAAAGUGGAAAUUCGAAUCAAGAUCCGGAGCUUUCUCUGGAUUCACCAGACAACCCGGUGCCUGGCGGGGGAGCGGAGCUCUGAGCCGCCGCAGCCUUUUGGCCCAUAUCCCCAAGAGGACACCAGAGAGGACCCCUCUGCCCUUGAUCCUGAGGGUGGGAUCGAGCUGGAGGUGGAGCCGACAGGCAGUUCUGAACCAGCCCCCGUACUCAAUAUGGGGGAGGGGUUGGAAGUUGGAGGCGAUGACCUGGAGGAGGACGGGGUUUCAGUGGUGAGCACCGGGGACGGCUUAGAAUCACUGUCGGAUCCGUCCAGUGAGGAUGCUCGCAGAGUCUUGUGGGAGAACCUGCUGCAGGUCGGCCUGGAGGUUGCUGGUAAGCUUGAGUCCCCUAUAAGUCUGGGGGAGCUGACCGGCGCCCUCGACAGCUUGUCCAGGGGCAAGUCCCUGGACCUGGAUGAGCUGACCGUGGAAUUCUUCAGGGCGUUCUGGGACAUCCUGGGGAAUGACUACGCGGGGGUCCUGGGGGAGAUUUUAAAACAAGAUGAUAACAGAAAAAGAUUAACCAUUCUGCAGGACCUGUGCCAACUGUGCCCCGUUCCCAUGCAGGAUAAUCUCUCUAAUUUAAGAGGAAAGUGGAUGACUGCUUCCACGCUAAUCAUUUCAAUGAUAAAUGCAGGAUUGAACAUUUUCCCCGGAGCUGAAUCAGAGAAAUACGUUAAGAUAAAUGCAAAGAACAAGCAGGUGGCUCUGGACACGUACACACAGAUGGCCCUCGUGAGCUCUGUGAUAGCUUUUAGACACAGUAAAUGGAAUUUUUACUCUGACCCAGAGGAAAUAUUGCUCCAGGCCUGUGAAAAUUUGAGUGGCGAGAUGAUAGCAGAGGAGGACUGGUCUCUCUAUAUGUUACGGCCAGAGAGGUCACACAAGCUCAAGAUGAAGGAAUCCAAUGAAGAACUGUCAAAGGAAAUUGUUGAAAAUACCGACUUUUACUCUAACUUGUACCACAUGAUGAGGGGCUUAGCCAGUGAUGCUGCAAAGGAGCGAAUUCUCAACACUGAUCACCUUUUUUUUAGUUCUAUGCAUGAAAUUCUGGAGGCCACGCAGCUGCUCACACACACACUGCCGGUCAACUGA